AUGCCGCUGGAUACAUUAUAUGUGACAGGGUUUUCGAAGGAGUCGAAGGCUGCUGAUUUAGCACCCGAUUUUGAAAAAUAUGGCGAUUUAGUAAGAUUAGAUAUACCUCCACCAAGAACUGAUGACGGAGAAAAAUAUGCGUUUGUGGAAUACAAAAAUGCUGAAGAUUGCGAAAAGGCCUUAGAACUAAAUGGUAAACAGUUACCGUACUCGCUGAAAGAUGGGUUAGUUGUUCAAUUGGCCAGAUCUGAUCCGUAUUCUGCAAGAAGAGGUGGGUUCAGAGGCAGAGGCGGAUAUGGCUACGCUCCAAGGGGCGGAUACGGUUACGCUCCAAGGGGCGGAUACAGUUACGCCCCAAGAGGUGGAUACGGCUACACCGCAAGUGGUGGAUACGGCUACGCCCCAAGAGGUGGAUACGGCUACGCCCCAAGUGGUGGAUACGGCUACGCCCCAAGUGGUGGUUAUAGAGGUGGUAGAGGGGGCUAUAAUGAUUAUGGUGGCUACAGUAGCGACUACGGCUACGGUGGUAGCUACGGCGGUAGUUAUAGAGGUGGUUACUAUAGUGGCUCAAGAGGUAGUUAUCGCGGUGGUAGAGGAGGUUAUUAUGACCGUGAUAAUGGUUAUCGGAACUAUAGUGAUAGUGACUACCAAAACCAUGAAUACAGUGAUCGUGACUAUAGAUAUAGCCGUGAUGGUCAAUUGAGAGAGUCAACAUACGAUAAUAGAUUGGCUGACACCGACGAUAAUCAUGCAGAGCGUAGUAAUGAUACCCCAUACGAAGAGAACAGCCAUCCAAGGCCAUCAUCUAGAUCUCCAGUGAGAAAAGAAAGGUCAAGGUCGCCUGUUAGAAAAGAAAGGUCAAGGUCGCCUGUUAGAAAAGAAAGGUCAAGGUCUCCAGUCAGACAGGAAAAGCCAAGAUCUCCAACAAGGCAAGAAACCGAUACACAAGAAACGUCCAAAUCACCUCAAUGA